GCAAAUACGCCAACUCCAACAGAAGCUUUCUCAACAUGAUGACGAAAAAAGUUUACUUCGUGAACGUUUGAAUGAAGUUGAACUCGAAUUACGAAAAGUAUUAGAUGAUCAUGCCUCAACAACGGCUAUGUACGACGAACAAUUGCAAUCACUUAUAACAGAACGGGAUGCAAUUGUUGAACAACAAAUAUUUCAAUCAAAUGAGAAUCAACACGAGAUGAAACAGUUACGAGAAGAAUUCGAUCGAUUGAAACAACUAUCAGCUAUUCAACAGAGCAGAAUGCCAUCUGAAGAAUAUAUAAAUUCAUUGCACGAAACAAUCGAACAACAAUCUGAGCAACUGAAACGUCUCAAUGAAAACUUUGUUACUUUAACAUCAUCUCAACUUGAAUCACAAACUGAAUUUGAUAGACAGAAGAAAGAAAUUGAAGAACAAAUGAAUAAUUAUAAAAAUCAAAUUGAACGUCUUAGUCUUGAACGUACAAAUCUUUUGGAAGAUAUACAAAAGAGUACAGCUUCACCAGUUCAAUUAUCUGAAAAUGAGAAACGCGCAGAUGAUAAACUAGGCAAAGUGAACACUAAACUCAAACGUGCACUACAAACAUUUAAAGAUAAAAUUCAUCGACUAGUAACUGAAAGACCCGAAUUAUUUACUGACGUUGGCGAAGAAACAACUGAACGAUUUGAUCAUUUGAUAGCCACUGUAGAACAUCAAGCAACACAUAUUGAUAUACUACAAAGUGAAAACGAACAAUCACAAGAACAACUUCGAAACCAAAUUCUAGAACUUCAAAGUUCUUUGGAUGCUUGUCGUUAUCAGUUAGAAAAUGAACGACCAGUACAAGGUCAACAACUUGUUUGUGCAACUCCACCAUCCGACGAAAUCAGUCAAACAAAUAUUGAAAACUACGAAAUGCAAAUACGCCAACUCCAACAGAAGCUUUCUCAACAUGAUGACGAAAAAAGUUUACUUCGUGAACGUUUGAAUGAAGUUGAACUCGAAUUACGAAAAGUAUUAGAUGAUCAUGCCUCAACA